GGUAAAUACGAAUUACGAAUUGUUAUACGUCCGAUUGAUGUGUAUUGUGUUUUGUACUUUCGUAACGAAAGUUUCGAAAGUAAAUUUGUUGAAAGGUGCAGGUACCUAUAAAACUGAAAAUGGAAAAUAGUGUGUCUGAUGUUAAGAAGAGACAGCGGGGUAAAAAUUUUACGGAACGCGAAAAAGAAUUUUUGAUUGAUCUCAUUUUGCCAUAUAAAUCAGUUAUUGAAAAUGUUAAAACUGAUGCUGUGUGGAACAAUAAAAAAAAUGAGGCAUGGUCAGAAAUUGUUGAUGAAUACAAUGCAAUUCAGACGUCUGGUAUUAGAAAUAUAGGCCAAAUAAAACAUAUGUAUGAUACUAAAAAAAGGGAAGCCAGAAAAGAAAAAAGUCAGUACAAGGUGCAGCAUUACAAAACUGGAGGUGGUACAAAUCAGUCCACAUUAUCAAAUGUUACACAAAAAGUAAUAGGUCUACUCGGUGACAGGAUGGAUCCACUUUUUAAUAAUGUUGAUUGUGAUGCUAACUAUAAUGCUAGUCAUGAUAUAAGUGGUGACCAGAUAAUUGUAGAAGAAAUUUCGGGGAAUGAAUUUAGUCUUCUUUGUUCAGGUAGGUAUAUAAUUAAUAAAAUAAAUCUAAUGUUAUCAUUAAACAGAUAUCCAGCAUGUUACAUGUACAUCAGUAUAGUUUAUUCUCCA